UCAAGAUGUACGCUUGGGAAUGGAAUUUCCGAGAUUUUGUAAAACGUAUCAGAAGAAAAGAGGUUCAAAUGUUUCGAAUAAGGAGUGUCAUCUACACCUCGAACUUCAUCACAGCUACACCAAUUGCGCUAUUUAUUACAAUUGCUACACUUCUGUACACUGGGGUGUCUCUCACCUACUUUAAUGUUUUUACUCUAUUGGUUUUAUUGAGCCUUUUACGAACUGCCAUUUGCAUUAAUACAACCAUUCAGGUCCUCUUUUUGAGGGACGGUAUCGUUUCCUUGGUGAGAAUUGAAAACAUUGUAAAAUGUUUGGCUGAAACUGAAACCAUUAAAGAGAGUGAGCGAGACAACAAAGGUUUCGAUGAUAUGGAAGAAAUCCAGUUUAAAACUCCAAAAGGGAAAAGUUACUUCCAAGACACAUAUAGUAAUCCAUCUCGGAAUGAAAUCAUUCUCCUACGCUCAAAAAGGUUGACUGGGAAAGACGAAUUUCCCUCUACUGAAACUCUAUCAAUGGAAAAUGCAUUUGCAGUUUGGGAUCCGCAACGUGUUAAUUGCAGCCUUCAAGACAUUUCUUUGGAGAUAAUGCCAGAGCAUCUUACAAUAGUCACUGGUCCUGUUGGAAGCGGCAAAACCUCGCUAUUGUCAGCUUUCCUCGGUGAACUCUCUCUUAAAAGUGGCGUUGUCCGGGGGCAAGGAACAAUUGCAUACGCGAGCCAAAUUCCUUGGGUCUUUUCUGGAACAAUUCGUGACAACAUUCUCUUUGGAAGGCCUUUUGUUCUCGAAAAGUACUGUCAUGUUCUUCAAGUCUGCGAACUUGAGGCAGACAUGAAACACUUUGCAAAAGGUGACUUGAGCUUUAUUGGUCAUAGAGGAGUUUGCUUAAGCGGUGGUCAGAGAGCGCGAGUUAGUCUAGCCCGUGCUUUGUAUUCUGAAGCAGACGUAUAUUUGUUAGAUGAUCCGUUGAGUGCCGUGGACGCCAAAGUAGGAAGUCAUCUGUUUGAAAAAUGUAUUCGUGGAGUUCUUUGCAAAAAGAAGAUAAUACUAGUCACCCACCAGAUUCAGUACUUGGAUAAAGCUGAUCAAAUAGUAAUUAUGGAAGAUGGUCGSAUAGCAUUCAAAGGCAGCUACAAUGAACUUCAGCAGGCUAAGCUUSAAAUCUGCGACACGCAAAUCUAURAUAAGAAACCCAUGGAAAGGRAUCGCGGACGCAAUUUGACCAGUGGAUCAACAAAAGCCAGUGCAGACGAGAUUCUGCAACUGGAAUUAGAUGAUGACGGAGAAGAAUGUCCGGCUGGUUCUAUCAGCUGGAAAGUCUACUGGUCAUUCUUAAGAGCAGGUUUUCCUGCAAUCGGAAUUGUACUUCUUUGCUGUGCUUUCCUGGCUAGUCAAGCUUUGCAGAUAGCUCCAAAUCUGUGGCUUUUACAAAUGGUGGACAUGAAUUAUGAAGAUCAAAAAAGUGCAUUUAGCUUUGGUGUACUCUCCUGUUUGGUCUUUCUAGCCGUAGUCUCGGCAGGUUUGCUAUAUGUCUUUUUCCCUCUUGUUGUUCUUCACUCGUCAGCGAAUCUUCAUGACCGAAUGGUUGUAGCUAUCCUCAAAUCACCGGUCUUAUUCAUGGAUACGAAUCCCGUUGGAAGAAUAAUGAACAGAUUUUCUAAAGACACUCGYUGCAUCGAGCAACUUYUGCCUCGAACAUUCSUGGUWACGAUUGUAAUGAUGUUACAAUUUGUUGGCAGCAUGGUAUUAACUGCAUUAGUCGAGUAUUGGUUUGUGAUUCCAGUGGUUCCAAUUGUUCUUCUAUUUUGUUUCGUUUGCUGGUUCACCUUGAAGAGCAGUCGAGAGCUCAAACGUUUGGAAUCUAUCAAAUGUAGUCCCAUUUAUGCACACAUUGCUGAUACAAUMAACGGUCUGGAAGCAAUUCAUGCAGCCAAAAUGGAAAAGGAGUUUGUAAGUCAGCUUUGCAGGUAGGCUGUGACUGGUUGUUUGGUUAUUUUGUGAAMGCGUCCAGCUCUUUCUUUAUA